AUCGGAUCAUCGUCGUCAUCCGUCUCCAUAUCGGCAAUCGGCAGGGUAUCCCGUAGCGGGAUGACUCUACCCUGUUAUCUUUGCUAUUUAUUAACAAUGACCAUCGAUUAUGGCAUUGGACCCUGCAGUAGCCAGUAAUCCAAAAUAGACCUUCUAGACUCUACUCCUGCAGCUCUCAUAGCUAUUAGCUAGCAGCCAUGAGUCUCGUCGCCUAUCCGGACUCAGAAGAUGAUGAUCAACCGCCUGCAACCCAGAACAUCCCUGAGCAGCGUCGGUCCUUGCCAACGUCGAACGAGUUGAAGCGAAAACGUUCGUAUCAUAACGACGAUGGGACACUCAACGGCAGGGACCAGCCAAACGGCACACUUCCAGCCCUCCCGGCUGCGUUCCACGACCUGUACAGCGCACCGGUCCGCACCUUUCCCACCUCCGACCCCUCCCUUCAUGGAGGACGUCAGCGCCAGACGCCGCAUGUUGAAGGGAAUUGGAACACUCAUGUAUACCUAGAAUGUGCGUGCUCUACUACUUCUCCAGUUUACCCUCACGAGAUUGACAGCGUCUAGGGCACCCUGCCCCUGACAUCUCGACCACCAUCUCCACCCUCGUGUCGUCUAUAUCUCCCCAACCCAAUCCAAAGGACGGCCGAACGUCCACCCUCCACGCCUUCCAUGUGACCCCCUUAGGCGCCCCG